GUAAACGUCCUAAAGAUAUUGAAAAUAUUCCAAAAUGCUAUAUAAGUUUAAUGAAAAAUUGUUGGAAUGAGAAUCCAUUAAAAAGGCCAACUGCAUUAGAAAUUAAAAAUAUUAUUGAAA